AUCGGUCUGAAUGGAUGCUGAUUUCGAUGCGAUGCGAUUCAAGAGACUGGCAUAAUCCUCUCUUUCUGUGCAGGCACUUCAUUCCAGUCGCAGGCCAGGCUGUCGCAUCCUCCGCUCUGAAGACGAGAGCAGAGCCUCCAGGUCGAUUUGACCAGUAAUGCUGGGUUACCCCGAUCGCCAUGUCAAACUAUAUGGAAGUUCCCAGGCAUUGGCGGAGCCCUGGAGAAGAUGGAUAUCGCACGCCAACAAUUGAAGAUGCUGAGCGGGCCGUCAGCAUCGGUUCGGCCGAGUAUCCCUUCUCCAUGAACGCCCGGGAGGCUCAUACGUCCGCCCUGGGAGCGAUAAAUGAUACGGGGUCGACAUUUCGUCCAGUCACGUCCAAUUCGGAGAAGAGAUCGGUCUCUGAUAAUAUCCCGGGGGUAGACCAUGCCAUUCCUCCCAGAGUCCCUAGUGAACGGUCCGGCAAACUCAGUUGGAGACAGCGGAUCCGUCAUUUCACAUGGGCAUACUUCACGCUCACGAUGGCGACAGGUGGAAUCGCCAAUGUGCUAUACGCAGUUCCUUUCCGCUUCCGCGGUCUGGAAACCAUCGGGGUGGUAGUGUUCUUGAUGAAUAUCGUUUUCUAUCUCUGCAUCUGGACUUUGUUGAUCAUGAGAUUCUGCUUUUAUCCUUACACUUUCAAGGCGUCCUUCAUGCAUCCGACCGAGUCUCUGUUUGUCCCUGCCGCUGCAGUCUCUUUUGGGACGAUAUUGAUCAAUAUCUCUCAGUACGGACCGGAACACACAGGGGGAUGGCUCAAACACGCCGUCGAGAUAUUGUUUUGGAUAGAUGCGACUCUUGCCGUCAUCCUCUCAGCUGGGAUCUACCUUAUUGUGUGGUCGACACAGACCUUUACCAUCGCACAGAUGACCCCCAUUUGGAUCUUUCCGGCCUAUCCCAUGCUGAUCAUUGGACCCCACGCCGGCAUCUUAAGUGCUACACUUGAGCCUAGCCAUUCUCUGCGCGUGAUCAUCGGAGGCACCACUAUCCAGGGAGUCGGCUUUCUCAUGUCCCUGACGGUAUAUGCGGCCUUCAUCUAUCGAUUAAUGACGCAGAAGCUGCCCAAGGAAAACGUUCGACCGGGAAUGUUCGUUUCCGUCGGACCUAGUGCUUUCACCGUCGCCGGGAUUGUGAACAUGGCAGCCAAUGCAAAGAGAUCUUUCCCUUCCGAUUUCAUGGGCGACGGGGAGCUUGCCGCAAAUGUCAUUCGAGUUGUCGCCAACUUUUCCGCCUUGUGGUUAUGGGGACUUGCGAUAUUCUUUUUCUGGAUUGCAACCUUGGCCCAUGUCUCCGCAAUUGGACCCGGCCGUAUGAUUUUCUCAAUGGGAUGGUUCUCGUUCGUCUUCCCGAACACCGCCCUGAUCACUGCCACCUUUGCCAUCGGAAAAGCCUUUUCCUGCAAGCCCAUUCAGAUAAUCGGCUGCGUGAUGACCAUCAUAUUGAUCUUGAUGUACUUUUUCGUCUGUUAUAUGAUGGUCCGCGCGGUUAUGUUGCAUCACAUCCUCUGGCCGCAAGUAGGCGAGGAUAAGGAUGAGGGUGGCUUUCAAGUCAAGGAACUCAAACCUCAUUCGUCUGGGGAGAGUACCCCUGUUUGAAUUGAUUAGAUCUUCUUCUUGUCCGUUUGAUACUUUUGUUUUUGGAACCAUUGCUCGUUUCUUGUGAUAUCCCAGAGCGUUCUAGCGGCUUUCU